CGCGCGUGCCGACGUAGCUCCGCUUCCGCAAUCAAAAGCAGCGUCGUUCCUGCUCUCGGCUCGCAGACAGAGGAGAUGUUUCCGUGAAUAUAAUGAGCUGCUGAGAGACGGACGGUGAGCGCGAGGCUGGUGUGGGGGGGUGAGGACGCGCGCGCGGAUUACUGCGGAGAAUGCUGGCCGAGGGGAAAACCGCCACCGGCCCGUUAAUGUCCACUGUAUCCACGGAGAGAGAGAUGGGGAAAAAGAGCACGCGCUUCACGUAGCCUCGUGAUGGGGAAUAUCUGAGGAUUUCUGUGUGUCAUUGCGGAUUGGACUGUGCCGUAGUGUCCGGGUGCAUCCGCUCCGUGUGUGUGUGUGUGUGUGUGUGUGUGUGUGUCAUGGGCUGAAACGAGCCAAGCAAGAGGGAUCGAAGAAAGCAAAUUAGCACCUGUUAACAGAAUAGCAGUUGGCAGGAAGGCUGAAAGACAUGUGAAAGUUCACUGUCAGCCUAGCCUAAGGACCAGCAAAUAUCACACUAUGUGAGUCCCCACACACCACGUUAUGCCUAAUGGAUUAAUAUCCAUGCUCACCGUGUUGUGGAUCUUUCUGUGGAGUGUAUUCCCCCUGACAUUGGCACAUGGAUUUCAAGACCUCAAAAGAAGAGACAAAGACGGGGAUUUAUCUACUGCAAGAUGGUAACGAAGAGCCCUUCAAUAUCCGACUGCACUUGUCCAAAGACAUUCUAACCAUUCAAGAACAAGAUGUUAUUUGUGUUUCUGGGGAGCCGUUCUACUCGAGUGAAAGAACUGUAACAAUACGGCGGCAGACCAUUGGAGGAUUUGGUUUAAGUAUAAAGGGUGGUGCGGAACACAAGAUCCCUAUUGUGAUUUCGAAAAUAUCAAAAGAGCAGAAGGCCGAGCUCUCAGGUCUCCUGUUCAUAGGAGAUGGGAUUCUCCAGAUAAAUGGGAUAAAUGUCAGAAGUUAUCGCCAUGAAGAAGUUGUUCAGGUUCUACGGAAUGCUGGGGAAGAAGUAACUCUGACCGUGUCUUUCCUGAAAAGGACACCUGCCUUUUUAAAGCUGCCGCUCUGUGAAGACUGCACAUGUGUACCAAGUGACCAGAGCAGUGGGACAUCAUCUCCACUGUGUGACAGUGGCCUACAUCUAAACUAUCACCCUAACAAUACGGACACGUUGUCUUGCUCGUCUUGGCCUAUGUCCCCAGCGUUACGCUGGGAGAAGCGAUGGGUGGAUCUACGUCUCAUCCCGCUCCUCCACGCUCGUCUCUCACAGUACGUCCCCGGCUCUGACAUCUGCAGGCAAAAUGCAUUUCAGGUCAUCGCAGUGGAUGGGGUUUGCAGUGGGAUAAUUCAAUGUCCUAGUGCAGAAGAGUGCACUGACUGGCUUCAAGCAAUAGCAUCCAAUAUAUCUGCUCUCACAAAGCACAAUGUGAAGAAGAUUAACAGAAACUUUCCUGUAAAUCAGCAGAUUAUUUACAUGGGCUGGGUGGAUGAGAAGGAGCAGGACUCUGUUCAAGAUCGCAUGUACACUCCAAAGUUCCUGGCGUUAAGGGGUUCAUCUCUUUUCAAAUUCUCAGCACCUCCAGUAACGACCUGGGACUGGACCAGAGCUGAACAAAGCUUUACUGUCUAUGAGAUCAUGUGCAAGAUCCUUAAGGACAGCGAGCUGCUGGACAAGCGGCGGCAGUGUUUCAGUGUGCAGAUGGACACGGGCGAGGACGCCGUGUUCAGUGUGGAGCUGGAGAGUGAUCUAGUGCUCUGGGAGAAGGCCUUCCAGAUGGCCACCUUUCUCGAGGUGGAAAGAAUACAGAGUAAAACGUAUGCCUGCAUCACAGAGAGCCACCUGAUGGGGCUUACAAUAGACUUCAGCAUGGGCUUCAUCUGCUUUGAUGCAGCAUCGAAGGUUGUGCUGUGGAGGUACAAAUUCUCCCAGCUCAAAGGAUCCUCCGAUGACGGCAAGAGCAAAAUCAAGUUUCUCUUCCAGAACCCAGACACGAAGCUCAUCGAGGCAAAGGAGCUGGAAUUCUCCAACCUUUUUGCCGUUCUGCACUGCAUCCAUGCGUUUUUCGCUGCCAAAGUGGCAUGUCUGGAUCCAAUGUUUGUGGGCAGUCCGAAUUCCGCGGCAGCUACAGCAGUGCCCACGCUGACCUCAGUCACCUCCCUGGGCCAGGCUGCCAGGUUGAAGUACUUGAGUUGAACGACUCUUGACAUUUUCAUCUCUGGAUUUAAAAAUAAGAGACAGUCUGUCAUGGCAGCAGAAGAAUUUUAGCAGCCAUGACUCAUUUCCUUAUUGGACUACAUGAAAAAGCCUGCUUAUAAUGGGCCAAAGACUGAAAUAAGUCAGGUGUGAUAUUAUAUUUUGAAUAUGGAGUGGCAGUGUGUAUGUGUAUGUUCAGUUGGCAUUUCCUAACUGUGUGCUUUUAAAACAUUCUUUUUAACCCCUUUGAGUUAGUUUUGAAUACUAGGCACCAUCAGUUAUACUCAGUCAUAACACAAAUACAGCAGCACAUUUGAUUAUUUGAUAACUUUACAGUGCCAUACAUAAGUAUUCACCCCCCUUGAACCUUCCCACGUUUUUUGGCAGGAUCUGUAAUUGACCUAGAAGGUGCAAAAUAUUUUUUUGCUCAAUUGAAGAAAGAAAGCAAACAUUUGUUGAUUGAACAGAUAUUCACCCAUGGGGGUGAAUGAUACGUCUUUCUCAGCUUUGCGCAUCUGGAUAUUUUUGCCCAUUCUUCUUGGCAAAAAAUGCUGAUUAAAAAAAAGCCUCCCCCACGACAUGAUGCUACCACCACCAUAUAUCACUGUGGGGGAUGGUGUUCUCAGGGUGAUGAGCAGUGUUUAGUUUCUGACAAUUUAUACUGAAAUCACAUAGCACUUUACUUGCACAAAGGCGGGCUCCAUUCAACUAAUUAUGUGACUUCUGAUGGCAUCUGGUUGCACCAGAAAUAAUUUAGGGGUGAAUAAUUAUACAAUCACAACUUUUAUUUCCAAAUAAAUCUGCAAACUGUAUUAACUUUCCCUCCAAUUCAAUAUUAUUCAACUUUGUUCCAGGUUGUAACACUUCAAGAGAGGUGAAUAUUCACGCAAGGCACUUUAUUUUGCUUUGUGUAUUUGCAAAGCUUAGUUUGUACACAAUCAUAUAAGGCAGAAAAGAUUCAAAGAACUCCUGAAUAAUAAUUUCUUAUCAAUUACCUGAAAUACAGACUGAGCAGAGUACUGUAACCCAAUGUACAAAGCCUCUAUCUAAUUUUAUAAUAAUGCUCUGUACAUACUGGUUCUUGUCCUUAUGAUUUGUCAUUUAGAGCAUGAUGCUAUCAUAAGAAGUAAACAAGAAUUUUAUAAUAAGCAGAGUAUGUAGCGUAGCCCAAAGCAUUCGAUCUCAACACAAGUGAUUUUCUGUGUCUUGGUUCUUUGUUUUCAGUUGUAGUACUCUGUUAGACUGAAAAACAGUAUGAGUAAACGUAGUGUAGCGUGAGAUUAAAACUGUUUUUUUUUUCCUUUGAAUUUCACUACUAUGGGUUUGCUGUUUCUUUCUCCAGUGAGAUGCUCAGAAAAAAACAAAAAACAAAACAAAUCUAAGAUUCAAUACCUUAUCAUUGCAGUGCACUUUAGUCCAGCAAUUUACCCAACUUUUUUUUUUUUUUUUAACUCUUUUGGAGUGUGUCUUAGAUGAAAAGUUGGUGGAAUACUGAAGAUUGGAUCCAUAUUUUUUGAAGUGCUGUAGCACUUUGAGACCGAUUACUUUGUUGAGGUGUUGAGAAAGACUGAAAAAGAAAGCAAAUGAAUUUGAGACAAUUCAAUCUUCUCUAUGCUUGAAAAUAUUUUGAUGCAUCAUGACAGAGUGCCAGUCUACUGACAGCGAGGUUUAAACUGAACCUUUUAUUUUUGCCAACUGCUGAUUGUUUUAAUAAAGAUGUAUACUUAAUAAAAUUUAGUUUCUUUUCCCAUAAAAUGUUUGGUCAUAUACAAUAGUGCUUUGUGGUCAGUGAAGCUUUUUGGAAGUAUUUGCCAUCAUAACCAUUUACAUUACAUAUUUACAUUUGUAAUUAUACUGUUUAUGAUUUAUAUGCUGCAUAUGAAUCUGGUUUGCUAAUUGCAGUAAUCUGCAGAAUUACUGGCACCAUUGGUAAUGGUGGGUAAAAAGCAUAUGGAAAUAAUUUGGUGGCUAUUUAGCUUAAUCUCACACUGAAAAUAUUUGAACUUCAAUCAGUACAUUUACAUUUAGUACAUUUAAACAUACAGUACAUUUAGCUGAAUAUGGUGCAAUUAUUGGCACACCCUGUCUUUCUUAUUAACAGAAUGUAACUGAAGCAUGUUUCCAUUUAUAUUCUCCUUUUUUACAUUUCACCUGACUGUGUAGGAGCUCUUAAGCAGUCAUCCAUGACUUUCUGUUUCACUUGGUUGUAAAUAUGAGGAGAAAUUCCAAAUUCCCUUCAUUUGUCAACUGGGGAAGAUCAGAGAAUAUACAAAUUAAAAGAGGCAAAAGUGUUUUGACCUUUUAGGAACUGACUACGGGCCUGAAAAUCUGCUGAUAGGGCAAGAACUGAGUAGUUUAAAACAACCAGAGUGGUAAUGAACCUGGUGUUUUACCUCAGUGCACAGUGAGGAAGAUGCUCAGACAGGCAAUGGUUUCUGCACGGAUAACGGUUUGAGAACUGGUAGCACUUUGGGGUCACCAAAUCUAGAAAUCUACCAUUAGACACCACUUACAUACUAUCAAACUACAUACAUCGGGGAAAUUAACACUUUUUAGCAAAUUGUCUAGUUUAUCUUAUAUAUAUUUUUUCAGAUAGCCUUUAAGAAUGCCUUUGGCAAAAGAACAUAUUGGAAUCAUUCUCAAGGCUGGAACGGGAGGCUAUUGCAAGGUUGCGAUGGACUUUAACAGGAAACAUGGCGAGCA